GACAUAGAAUGGAAGAACAAAUAGAACAAGCUGUUGCCAUCGCUUUGAGCCCCUCUUCGGAUCAUACUUUGAAAAGUCAGAGUUCGUUUGAAGCUUUAUUUUUAUGGGUUGAUGUCGAGAAUUGA